CAUAUCCAUCUACCUUCUCACCAGAUGAAAGCGUUGCAACAUGGGCAAAGUGUCCAUUUUAUUGUACCAAAUAUAACGAAGAAAUAUUUAAUGAGCAUUUGACAAAGAACGCUGUGAAAAAUGUGAUAGUAUACACAGUCCCUCAGACCUAUGUUCUAAUGAGUGGUGAUGUA